AUGACACGGAUGAUUCUGCUUCUGUUACUGUUCGUAGCAUUGCCAUCUAUAUCAGGUAUGUUUUUCAUUGUUUAAACUUCUAAUUGAUAUUAUCUGUUAGUAAUCUUAUUAAUUUUUUUUUCUCCAUGUGGUUCUUCUUAGCCCGCUUUGUUUUUCAUAGUGUAUUCUUUAACUAAAUCAGCCGUAAUACUCUUCUGAACUCACAGCAAAGCUCUUGCCCAAUAAAAAAAGAAUAAUAAUUCCUGACUUCUUUCGCUUUUUCUUUUUCUGCUUCUCUAGUUUCCUUUUUUGAUCCCAAGGGUACUAUGGAGCAAGUCGCGAUAAAAUGUUUGGUGUAGUGUUAAAGAGGCCAGUUGAGAACUGAGAAUUAAAUUUUCCUCAUGAGCGAUUCCAAAAUGACAUAAUUCUAUAGUAAAAGGUGAACUCGAGUAGAAAUUUUCUUCAUAGACGAUUUGAGGAAAGGGGAGGGUGGAUUGCGCAGACUUUUGGCGCCAACACUGCACACUUAUUUACAUAAUAACCUUGAACAUAUCUCUCGUGUCAUGUGCGUUUUUGCUGCUCGGAGAGUGUGUGAGUUUUUUCAGCUUCUGACUGGCUUUCCUUGAGCAGGAGGCAGUAGCUGAUAAUCCAUAAACAAAUUUAAUCAGAGCAAAAGCGUUUUCUUCUGGUCACUAGCAAUCGGGAAGUAGAAACCUAGGCUGUCAAACACUUUCCAUCGUUUGCCUAUUAAUUAUUGUAAUUCCCAUGUUCAAACACACUAUUUGAGAGGUAGAUUCGGCUGAGAACUAGGAGGAAAAUCGGCGCAGAAGGAUGGCUAAGUAAACCGCCUCCGAUAAGAAGUUGCCUAUUAGCUAUGGGUAAAUAAGUAGGAUGAAAAGAGGGUAGAGGAGUGUUCGCAGAAAGUACAGACGCGGCCACAGCCCCCACGUCGGUGGGAUCACACAACUUACCAAACAAAACGGCACUCGAAAAUAGACGACCCGCUUUUGAUGAUUGGCUCGUUUAAGAACCGAUGGAGUGCGGAAAUAGAUUGCUAGGAGAACAUGUUUCACAUCUAACGAUAACAAUUUGCAAAUACAAAUAUCCCGGCUUGUUCGAAACAUGGUUUCUGAGAAAAAAGUUGAAAGUGUAGCAAAACAAAACAAUGUGUCAAUGACAUUGUGUGAUGUUCAUCUUUCCUUGUUUGCUAUCUGCAAAAAGCUCAAAUUCAAAUAGUGUCUUAGAAUAUUUUUUUUGUUUUUCAGGAUGGAGUCUAAACUUGAGCCCAUCAGAAGAGAGGAUACAAAACCGGAGAUCAGGAGAAAACUUUUUGGUUGUGUGCAAAGUGAAAGACUUCGAUGGUGCCGCUAGCGACGUCAAGAUUGAGUGGUAUCGCGAAGAUAAGCUCGUGCCACGAUUUGGAAGGUAAAAGAACCGAUUCAUUAUUGAACAUAUGGCCAUCAAUUAGAAAAGACGGACCCAUUCUGUUUCAUUUGCAUUUGCUCACAAUAGAUUCCAUUUUCUUGACCGAUCAUGACGCAAUGUUGUGUGUGAUGAAUGAUGGUCUGUUUGCAGCACCAUGACCAUCGAGCGACCCUAUUCAAGUCAGUUGAUGAUAAAUCGUCCAAAAAUUGCUGAUGGAGGAAAAUAUACAUGCAAGACGGAAAUUAAUGGGGAAAAACAAGAGGUUUUAGCCGAUAUAAGUUUUGUCGGUAUGUUUUUUAGGUCUUUCGAUUUUUCAAAUUAUUUUUUAAACAGAUCCGCCAAAAUUUGUGAACAUUAAAGAAGAGCAGCAUCCCGAGGAAGGAACACGGGCCGAAAUAGUUUGCGAAGUAGAAGGAACGGACCAACUUGAAGUUUUCUGGCAGUUCAACGGUGUUACCCUAGAUGAAAGUAAGUCACACACGGUUCUGACCUGUUGCACCAAAUUGCGCAACAUGCGUGUAUAUGUCACCUCGAAAUCAUAUCUAGCCAUCUAAUCAUGGACAGAAUACGAAGAAUGAUUCCAAACCAAUCCCCCAGAACCCACAACCAGCCUAUUCAAACAAUAAUAAUGAUGGGUAUUGAAAUAAAUUGUAUGCUAUGCGUUUUCUCUAGUGAUCAUCAUUGUUUCAUUCCCGCUAGAUGUCGGUAUAACAUGAAAUAAUUAGAUUGUGCAAUUUAGAGGAUAUUCACGGAAUAACGCGUUUUGGCAGGUCAAGUAGCGCUUAGCCUCUCCUUAAGCUUUUUCUGUCUGUGUGUUCUCCGAGAAUAUCCAGGAAACCAACCAUCUGGAUAGGGGUUAAUCCACGACCUGUUGUUCAUAAAUAAUUUUUAUGGAAAGUAUAUUGAGAAGGGACUUGAAUCCAAUAAAAUUCCGGUCAAUUAUAAAAUUCUAAUCAUAUUUCAUCUUCAGCUUCGCAAAGAAAAUACGAAUUCUCGGAAAACAAUCAAAUCUUGUACAUCCCACAUUUCACUGCCAAAAAAGACGACGGAAUCUACAACUGCAAUGCGGCUCAGUACUCUUCCUUUGAAACUUUGUCUGUGAAUGUUAGCGGCUAUGGUGAGCAAAAAAGAAUAUUUUAUUCGAAUCGUGAGAGUGCUCGUUCAUAUACAAAUGAAUAUCUUUGCUUUAUCUUCGCAACACAUUAAUUAUUGCAGCACGCCCUACAAUUACUGUCUUCGAUGUUCCGCACGGGAACAACGGAAUAGAGGGGCACACAAUCGAGCUGAAGUGCGGAGCCGUCGGAAAACCAAAGCCAUCUUAUAAGUGGUUUUUUGAGGUACGAAAAGGCCGCCACCUGUCGCACUGUUUAUCAAUUAGUAAUUUGAAACUGAGCGGUAACCUUUGUGCGGUCUCAAUAUGGCACCUGAACGUAAUGAGAUUAGAAACCUGUCGCUUUCCGAUAAUUUGCACCCAAUAAGGUGGACGGUAUUCAGGGAUUUGAAUUCUUCUGGAGUUCCACACUGAUUAUUCAAAACCAAAUUCGUUUAAGUUGGUAGCUUUGCGUUUUGCACACCUGUCAAAUCUGCUUGCUUAUGUCUGUCGUGCAAAACCUGGCGUAGAUUUUUGAUGAGCGGACGGCAAAGAGCAAACAAAACGGAUCGCAAAGCAUCUUCUGUAUGUGCGCAAACGGGGAGAGAGACCUUUUCUUGGUACACAACUCCUUCUCCUUUUUACUUGUAGUAUCCCUGAAGCUUUUGUUCUUUCCUCCGUCUGCCAAAAAAUGCGUCAUGUCACCUUGACUCUCAGACAAAAAGACGAGAACACAGACCGCGUGCCUUUUGCGGGCACUUCUUGCAUUCGAAGGUCUUUCGCACACUGUCGUAAGGGUCAGAGGCCAAAAACGGAAGCAAAUGAAACACAACAUAAUUAACAACAGGAAAACAAUUAAACGAAGUCAACCGCAGGCCUACAGAAAAGUAGGACCAAUGGGUACCUAGUUCUUCAGAGGGUCGAAGAAAGCAAAUUAUGCAUUUCCUUAUUCUCUAGAGACCGUAUCUUGCGAAACACUUAGGUUUUCUUUUACUUUUCCCUCCAAUAUGCAGUUUUUGCAGUUUUCAAAAACAUAGUUAUGUUUGAGUGAAUGGUUGCCUCUCUCACGAAUCCACCUACUAGGCAAUAAACGUUAAUCAUUGAUGAAGGUAUAUAUCUUGAUAGGAGCAAAAAUAAUGAAGAUAAACACAUUGGCGUGAAGGUUAGCAUAUGCAUGAGGUAUCACGCAAAAGGUCGUUUCGUGAUGAGUGACGGACUUGACUCACUAAUAAACCGAUUAUUAUCUCGGCAUGAGGCCGGAUAAAGGUUUCGGACGACUGGGAAUUGAGAAGAGUGACUUCAGAGCGUUCGGGUUAUCACUAGAAGUGAAGAUGUUCUUAUACAGUAGUUUUUGUCAAGAAAACCUUGAAACAUGAGAAGAAACGUUUUCAAUCUUGUAACAAGAGUGAGGUAUUUAGAUGAGCAUUUUUGAAAAAAUUGUACGGUGUUCGAUCCGCCGAUUCUUUAAUACUAUCGGGGCACUUCAAAGUAAAUGCGCUCUGUUGAGAAGCACCUUUAUUUGUAAUCUCCGGGGCCUAGUUUUCAGCCUCGAAACGAAUUUCUGUUGCUUGUUAUUUCAGUUCUGGAAUAACUUUCUCUGUUUUGUUAUUAGCGCCCGGUCGGAGAUCACAAUUUUAACAGCGCGCAGUUAGUUUGAAAUUCCCCGAUAGUAAAUUUCUAGAGUUGUUUCUCGAGGAUUGUGUUAGGGCACAUAGACUGAAGAAACCAUAUUCACUGUGCCAAACAAUGAACUGCAGAUGUUCUGUCUAUUGUUGAAUGAACAAAGAAAGAAAACUUAAUCGUUUCUCUCUUCUCGGAUUGAGCGAGAAUAACAAAAUGCUCAUAUUUUAUUCAUGUCUAGUCAGGUAUUCAGAUACCACAGCCGGCUGUCAACAUGAAGGGAUUGGGGGAAAAGUAUAGGAAAGAAGCACUUACUAUGAUUGCAAAAAGUAUUCAGUUUCAAGGAUCGAAAAAAAAUAUAUAGAGACGCUUUGUGUUUCAUCGGUCAACUAGUAACUUAUUGUAUAUAUUGAGGGGCUGGAAAGUUUGAAAAAGCAAUUAGAUUGACCAACAAAUGUAUUAUGAUUUCAGGAUGAUGAAGUACCAAUUGCUCGUUCCGAUAAACAUAAUGUCGAGGAAGGCCUUCUUAUUAUUGAAUCUCUCAACUCUGAAGAUGCCGGAACUUACAAAUGCAUUGCGAACAAUACCGUCGGCACUAACGAACGCAGUUUUGAGUUGGCCGUUUACUGUAAGAACUAUUUUUAAAUGUCUAUCCGGUUUUCUAUUUUAGUGAAGCCGAAGGUUGAACUUAAACACGAGCACGUGAUAAAAGAAGGAGAAGACAUUGAGAUUGUCUGCAGUUAUCAUGGCGAUGGAUACGUCACAGCUAAAUUUGUUUCGGGAUCUCGCGAAUUCACGGUACAUUCAAACGUUGCAACAUCACAACAUAACCUUUUUUGAAACAGGUCAAUAGAGAAACUGAUAUUCAAUCGGAUGAAGUUGGAAACGGAAUAGAGGAGAAGAGCUCUGCAAUUUCUGCUGAAAAUACAUAUUCUGAAGAAGUUAGCACCCAGAAAGAAGAAGAGCUCGUUUUACGAACAUCCACCGAAGAAGUAGAUAAUGCUGAGGAGAAAAAGGAACAACAAGAAGAGCAGACUGAAAUAAAUAAAUGGAAACGAUUCACCGAAGACAUCAACUCAGAGAGAAUUUCCGUGAGAGAUGAGGAAAACAAACUGAUUCUCACCAUCAAGAGAAUUGCACUUGAAGAUGCUGGAGAGUACAACUGUGUCGCUUCCAACGAAGCUGGAUUAACAACCAGAACAACGAACGUGGGAAUUAUUCGUGAGCGUUCUUUCAAUGUCUCAUCUAAUUAUCAAACUCUCUUUCUAGAUUCACCACAACUCCGCCAUUACACUGGCCCACAAGUCAGGUCGUUCGAAGGAAAUACGCUUUCUAUAUAUUGCGAUGUAUCCGCCGUUCCCAGCCCUAAAUGGCAUUGGUUCAAAGACGGAAAAGAAGUGGAAGCAAACGGGGCAUCUAUCAAAAUUGAUACUCAAACCUCUUCAACAAAACUAACUCUGGAAACUUUUGAAGGAAACGAUAAUUACGGAAAUUAUUCUUGUAAAGCUGAUAACGGAAUUGGUCAGCUUGAGAAGCAGAUAAGUGUUAUUGAAAUUGGUGAGUAACCUAUAAAAAAAUGCCUAGGGUAAUGUAUUUUUUUGAGUGAAACCAGCGACACCUGUCGGAAUGGAUUGCAAAAAAAUAAUCUAUCCAAACUUUGGAAGAUGCUCAUUCGAUAUGGAAAUUUACGAAAGCGAAAGUAGCAUGCCACAAACAAUGGAGGUCUUAAUUGCGAAAUUAGAAGAGAUGGAAUCUGACUACAAUUGGAGUCAUGCACGCCAUAUUACUGUGAGAUUCAAAAAUAUUACCCAUAUUCCGGACUUAGAAGCAAACGUUCAAUAUGUUAUCAAAAUCCGUGCGGUCAAUGAGGCCGGAAGCAGUGAAUACACGGAUGAGAUCAGUCUUGAGACAACUGAUCCGUGGGCUCCACAGUCACCGCCCAGUGUCAAAAUGGAAUGCUCGGAGUACUGUAAUGUUUUAUGGGAGGCUCCAAAUGAUCAUGGAAGUCCACUUCUGAAAUACAAAAUUUUGGUGCAAGAGAUGCAAACGAAGAAACAUCAAAGUGAGAGUGAAAUCGAAAGUGCGGACAGUAAAUCCGUCAGUGCGGAGCUGCCUACCCAUCACAGUAUUGUACAAGACGAUGUUCCCGAAGUUCGUGGAAAUGAAGAGACCACCACAGAAGAGGAAAAAGGUGGCAAUUCAGAAGAAAACAAGGACAACGAAGAACAAAAAGAUGAGUUUUCUGCCGAGGUUCUUCCUACAGAUAGCCCAAUCUCCGCAGAGGAAAACGAAAGUGAUACGGAAGAUGAAAAAAUUCCAUUCGGAAGUCCAAUAAUAAUUGAAGUUGACGCAAGUGACAAUGAAGUGCAACUUACUAAUGUUAAGCCACAUUCUUAUUACAAAAUUUCUGUGGCGGCUGUUAAUGCUAUCGGACAAGGAGAGCCACUUGAGAUUGAGCACCAGACAUACGGUCAGUUUCAUUAAUAUUAUGAAAAUUAUGAAAAUUAAUUAUUUUUCAGAAAGCCCAUCCAAAUACGAUAAAGGAAUGGAUACCAUUCAGCUGAUUACACUAGUAGCGAUCGGAGUAUUUUUCCUACUAUUCCUUGUUGAUUUGGGAUGUUUCCUUACCAACAGAUGCGGUCUCAUUUCAUGCAUUUGCUUGAACUUAUGUGGAAAGAAUCCCAAUUCGAAACAGAGGGAUUUGGAGUCUGGAAGGCUAGAAAACUAUUUUAGUUCAAUAGAUUAAACUUUUUUUUUUGCAGAGAUGGACCAGAAAGCAAUCGUCUUCUUGGUUCAAGUGGAGCUAGGUAA